AUGAAUAAAUUUAAUCGAAACACGUCCAUAAAAAUUUUCAAAAAUUUAUCAUCCUCUUUUAACAUUAUUAUAAAUAUAACAAAUAAUAAUAUUAAUAAUAAAUAUUUUUUUCAUUCUUAUACUAAAACGAAUUCAUCAUUAUAUAAUUUAUCCCGAUUUAAAAAUGGAAAUGGAAAUAAUAAAAAUAUAAAUAAUAAUAAUAUUUUACAAAUUAAUAUUAAUAAUAGUAAUAAACCAUACUUAAUUUUUGAGCAACAAAAAAGGUGGCAUAUUAAUCAUCAUCAUCAUGGUCAUAGAAAUGAAGAACAUUCGGGUUUGAUUGCUGCACUUACUAUUUCUGAUUCAAAAAGUCGUGGAACAAAAAUUACAUUGUGGGGACUUGCAAGUAAUGUUGGACUAACCGCAGCAAAAGGUGUUGCUGGUGUGGUAAUGAAUUCCGCGUCAUUAGUAGCCGAUGCUGCGCAUUCUUUAAGUGAUCUAAUUAGCGACUUUGUGACAUUGUACACUUUUCGAAAAUCUAGGCGCCCUGCAGAUGCAACCCAUCCUUACGGAUAUGGGAAAUAUGAAUCGAUCGGAUCAUUAGCAGUCUCUUCACUAUUAAUAGCAGGAGCAAUUGGAAUUGGUCAUCAUUCCUACGAAUUAUUGGUUGAGCUUCUUCCAGUAGAAAUACCGACUAAUAUAAGUGAACUCAACGGUGCCAUAAAUAGUGCAAAUUUACAUCCUCUAAAUCCCAAUGCUGCUUGGUUUGCCGCAGCAUCUGUUCUUGUUAAGGAAAUAUUAUUUCGAAUCACAUUAAAAAUCGGAUUAGAAGAACGAUCGGAUGUUUUAAUAGCCAAUGCAUGGCACCAUCGUAGUGACGCAGCUUCAAGUUUGGUAGCCCUUGGAGCAAUUGUGGGAAGUUAUCUUGGAUUUCCAUUUCUUGAUCCGGUAGGUGGUAUCUUAGUAGCAGGAAUGAUAAUGAAAAGUGGAUUUGAAAUUAUGUUAAGUUCAUUAAAAGAAUUAGCUGAUAUGAAAGUUGAAGAGGAUAUUAUAUGCCAAGUUGAAAAAGCCGUUGAAAAAUCAAAGGGUACUAAUUCAAAUAUAGUAAAUUUUCAUAGUAUAAGAGGCAGAAAGUCAGGUCCAUUUCAUUUAAUCGAUAUGGUGUUACAAGUUGAUCCCGAUAUAACUGUAUCAAAGGCUCAUCACAUCGAGGAACAAGUUAGACGAGCUGUUAAGGAUGAAUGUAAAAGUGUUAAAGAAGUUUUGAUGCAUUUGGAUGUUGAAGAUCAACAACCUCAUCAUUAA